AUGCGCCCUGGGAUCAGCUCCGAUGCCUAUGAUCAUCUCUCCAUGACCUUCUGUGGUGCACAAACAGGUUCAGAGUACCAAAAAGAGCUCAAGUUAGCUCGUACUGCUCUUUCAUAUCUUUGUCGCCCACAGCCAACGUACGCAAGCGACUAUCCCUGGCUUUUAUGCAAUCUUUCCAAACUUCAAUUCAUCCGUCUGGAUGCCAUAACGAGGUUACAAGGUCGCGAGCUUGAUCCGGAUAAAGGCCCUUUCCAACCUGGCCGCUGUAGCUUCGGCCGUGGGUUCUCCAUCGGGAUGUUACUAGUUUCUAGGAUAUGCUGGUCCACCGAUUCUACAGCAUCCCUUGCCUACAAAGGAAAUAUUCAUAGUGGCGUCUGGGCUGGUGACAGGUUUGAGAUUACGACAACAGACCGCAUGCAGACCGCGCGAAGUGGCCAGUGGAGGGAUGUUACAGAUGAAGUCCUCAAUGAGGGAAUUGAGAUAUGGAAAGCGGAGUAUGGGAAGAAUUGGAGAGAAAAGCUGUGA